GAAACCGCGAUUUCAAAUUCACCUGCCUUCCGCUGUGAUUGCUCGCUGGCCUGGCUUCGGCGAAGCCGUCCCGCCGGCGAGGAGGGUCUCCAUGACUGGGUAAAGUGAAGCAGCUUUGGUGUGCGAAUGCUGCAUCGCCAAGGAGAGAUGUGGGAGAAGAAUGCUGCAAAAGUAACUGCAAGCAACAUCCUUGAUCCCAGGGGCACACAUCUUGGAGAGGAAAGCUGUAAGCCUUUUGGAGAGGCAUUAGAAAGGACCAUGGCUAAUAACGUCCAGGAGGUUGGUGGCAUCCAUUUCCCCUUUCCCUUCACACCCUAUUCCAUCCAGAAGGACUUCAUGGCAGCACUGUACCAGGUUUUGGAGGCUGGCAAGAUUGGGAUAUUUGAGAGUCCAACUGGCACCGGAAAGUCCUUAAGUCUUAUUUGUGGGGCUCUCUCCUGGCUCCGUGACUUUGAACAGAAGAAACAUCAGGAAGAGGCACGUCUCCUUGAAUCUGGCCCUGGUGCCUUAUGUGAUGGGAAGGAUCCGUCCCCAUGUCUCUCAUCUUCUUGCCAAGAGACCCCAGACACCGCGAGGCCUGCUGGAGAACCAGACUGGGUUACUCAGUUUGUGCAGCAGAAAGAAGAAAGGGACCUGGUGGAUCGACUGAAGGAGGAGCAGGUCAGGAGGAGGCAGCGAGAAGAGCGCCUGCAGCAGAUCCGCCACAACACGCGGCUCAAGUAUGCAGCCAAACGCCUGAGACAAGAAGAGGAAGAAACGGAGCAUCUUCUCCGCCUGAGCAGGGAGAUGCUGGCCGCAGGGAUGUGGGCUGAGCCGCUGGAGUCUGAGGAGGAGGAGCUGCUUCUGGCCGAGUAUGAGAGUGACGAGGAGAAGACAGCCAACGUAGUGCAUGAGGAUGAGGACUACUUGGAGGAGGAACAUGUCACUAAGAUUUAUUACUGUAGUCGGACUCACUCCCAGCUGGCCCAGUUUGUGCAUGAAGUUCGGAAGAGCCCCUUUGGCAAGGAAAUCCGACUUGUCUCCCUCGGCUCUCGGCAGAACCUUUGUGUAAAUGAAGACGUGAAACAGCUGGGUUCUGUGCAGCUCAUCAAUGACCGCUGUUUGGAGCUGCAGAGAAGCAAGCAUGAGAAGAAGGACAAGGCUGAGGAAGAGAAGCCAAAGAGGAGGAGGCAGGAGAAGCGGGUGGCCUGCCCCUUCUACAACCACGAGCAGAUGCAGCUCCUCCGGGACGAGGUGCUGGUGGAGGUGAAGGACAUUGAGCAGCUGGUGACCCUUGGGAAGGAGGCUCGGGCCUGUCCCUAUUACGGGGGCAGGUUUGCCAUUCCUGCAGCCCAGCUGGUGGUGCUGCCCUACCAGCUGCUGCUGCAUGCGCCCACCCGGCAGGCUGCGGGCAUCCAGCUGCAGGGCCAGGUGGUGAUCAUCGACGAGGCGCACAACCUGAUCGAUGCCAUCACAGGCAUCCACAGCGUGGAGGUCAGCGGCUCCCAGCUCUGCCAGGCCCAUUCCCAGCUGCUCCAGUACAUGGAACGAUACGGGAAGCGUCUGAAGGCCAAGAAUCUGCUGUACAUUAAACAGAUCCUGUACUUGUUGGAGAAGUUUGUGGCUGUGCUAGGUGGGAAUAUUAAGCAAAAUCCCAAUACACAGAGCCUCUCACGGACAGGGACGGAGCUGCAGACCAUCAACACCUUUCUCUUUCAGAGCCAGGUUGACAACAUCAACCUGUUCAAGGUGCAGCGGUACUGCGAGAAGAGCAUGGUCAGCAGAAAGCUCUUUGGCUUCACAGAACGCUAUGGAACAGUCCUCUCUUCCUCUCAGAAGCAGCCCAAACUGACUGGGUUUCAGCACUUCCUGCAGAGCCUACAGCCUGGGGUGAAUGAGCCUCCUGCAGCCCCUGUGGAGGAGGCUGAGGCCAGGGCCCCACGGCCUGCUUCCCCGCUGAUGCACAUUGAAGGCUUCCUUGCGGCUCUCACCACUGCCAACCAGGACGGCAGGGUCAUCCUGAGCCGCCAAGGCAGUCUCAGUCAGAGCAGCCUCAAAUUCUUGCUCCUGAAUCCAGCCAUGCACUUUGCCCAGGUGGUGAAGGAAUGCCGGGCAGUGGUCAUUGCAGGGGGCACCAUGCAGCCGGUGUCUGACUUCCGGGAGCAGCUGCUGGCAUGCGCUGGGGCAGAGGCUGAGCGAGUGGUGGAGUUCUCCUGCGGUCAUGUGAUCCCUCCAGACAACAUCCUGCCCCUGGUCAUCUGCAGCGGGCCCUCUGACCAGCAGCUGGAGUUCACGUACCAGAAGAGACUGCUGCCUGAACUGAUGAGUGAGACAGGCCGUAUUCUCUGCAACCUGUGCAAUGUGGUCCCUGGAGGGAUGGUCUGUUUCUUUCCCUCCUAUGAGUACCAGCGCCAGGUGCAUGCCCACUGGGACAAGAGUGGCCUGCUGGGCCGCCUGGCUGCCAGGAAGAAGAUAUUUCAGGAGCCCAAGAGAGCAAACCAGGUGGAGCAGGUGCUGCUGGAGUACUCCCAGUGUGUAAACGAGUGCUGUGGCCAGGCGGGCGGCAAGGUGACGGGGGCCCUGCUCCUCUCUGUGGUUGGAGGAAAGAUGAGUGAAGGGAUUAACUUCUCUGACAACCUAGGCCGGUGUGUGGUGAUGGUGGGCAUGCCCUACCCCAACAUCAACUCUCCAGAACUACAAGAGAAGAUGACCUACCUGGAUCAGACCCUUCCCAGAACUCCAGGCCAGCCCCCACCAGGGAAGGCUUUGGUGGAGAAUCUGUGUAUGAAGGCUGUCAACCAAUCUAUAGGCAGGGCCAUCAGGCACCAGAGUGAUUUUGCCAGCAUAGUGCUCCUAGACCGGCGAUAUGCCCGCCCACCCAUCCUGGCAAAGCUGCCAGGCUGGAUCCGAGACCGCGUGGAGGUCAAGGCCACCUUUGGCCAUGCUGUUGCUGCUAUGCGUAAGUUUCAUCGGGAGAAGUUUGGCCGUUCCUGAUGGAUGGCUGCACCAGCCCGGACUCUUCCUUUACCUUGCCCACUUGGAAUGGUGUUUAUCUUGGGCCUGGUCUACAGGGAUCCUGCCUGAGAAGGUGAAACCAGGUGUAGAGUGUGAAGUCUAGACCAGCCCCCUUCCAGAAUCAGUGGGCAGCCAGCACGCAGGCCCAGGUAGAAAAGCCAGUUGGAGAAAACUAGGUUGAUCCUGAGUAAACAGUGGGUCCUGGCUGCCCUUGAGCCCACUGCAGGGCAGCUCCUGCCCGGUGUUCCGCUGCAGCUUCUGUCCUGCAUGUUUUCUCAGCAGCCACCUUCUCAGAGGUGCGAUGGGAACAGGCCCAUCCUAGCGAAAAUGAGCUGUUCUAGACAUUUCACACUCAAAACUUUCCCCAUUUCUAGUUCUGCUGUCCACAUGGCUCCUCCUGCCGGCCUCAGCUGUGCUCUGGUCUGCUCCACAGCCCCACGCAGGGCUUUUCUCUCUGGCUUGGCUCCCAUUCCUCCUCCAAGUUGAUGGCACCUCCUUCCCUCUCAGGCACUUGAGCAAACUCCAAGACACCUUCUACCCUGACAUCAGCAAUUAUGCCAAGGGCCAUUAGGCUCUCAGCACAACUAUUUUUAGAGACCCCGUAUCUGUCACUGAGACAUCUUUUUCCUGUGGGAACAUCUCCCUCCCUCCCAUCUGCAGCAGCUGCCCCUGCUGACUGCACCUCCGAGCCAGUGCAAGGGGCCCUGGUCCACUCAGACGUUCUGCCCCAUUGCCUGGAGACCCAUGGGGCAGGACAGUCACUGGUUCUCAGAUGUUUGCAAGCCACCCAGCCUUGACUCCUUAAUUAAAAGUGCACUGUUGGUUUAUGCUUAA